AUGCUGAACAAUCGUUUCCAAACCACAGGCCUCGCUAUUUGCCCAGGAAAGAAGGCCAAGACCACCAAGAAGGUCGUCCUCCGAAUGGAAUGCACAGUCUGCAAGACCAAGGCACAGCUCGCCCUGAAGCGAUGCAAGCACUUCGAGCUUGGGUAUGUUCCCGGUUUCUGUGCUCAUGGAUAUUCACUGGAGUCCGUACUAAUUCGUACUUUCAACUCGAUAGUGGUGACAAGAAGACCAAGGGUGCUGCUCUUGUUUUCUAAACGACAAAAAGAAAUAAAAUCUAAAACGAAUGAAAUACCUUCAACCACCUCUCUAUCUCUCGAUGGCAUUCUUCUUCGCAUCUUUUUUUUCAUCACCCAUUAUGAUGCCGUUCUUCCCUUAAAGACACCCCCCAAUACCACCUUUCCGAUACCUUAA